GAGGGCAGCAGUAGGAGGGCAGCAGGGCAGAGCCGGCCGGGGGCCCAGCAUGGUGGGCGGCCGCGUCCUCAGCCUGACCGUCCGAGACCUGCGCUUCCCCACCGCCCUCGGGGCCCACGGCUCCGAUGCCAUGCACCCGGAUCCCGACUACUCAGCAGCCUACGUCACACUGGAGACGGAUGCAAAUGAUGGAUUGAAGGGCUACGGGUUAACCUUCACUUUGGGAAAAGGCACGGAAGUGGUUGUCUGUGCUAUAAAUGCAUUAGCCCAUCAUGUGCUUAAUAAGGAUCUGGCGGAAAUUGUGAGCAACUUCAGAGGAUUCUACAGGCAGCUCACCAGUGAUGGGCAGCUCAGAUGGAUUGGUCCGGAAAAAGGGGUUGUGCACUUGGCGACAGCGGCCAUCCUGAAUGCUGUGUGGGACCUGUGGGCUAAACAGGAGGGAAAGCCACUCUGGAAGCUACUUGUGGACAUGGACCCCAAGCAACUGUUGUCCUGCAUAGAUUUCAGGUAUAUCACAGAUGCCUUGACUGAAGAAGAAGCCUAUGAAAUACUACAAAAGGGCCUUGUGGGGAAAAAGGAAAGAGAGGAGCAGAUGCUAAAGACUGGCUAUCCCGCCUACACCACAUCCUGUGCCUGGCUGGGGUACUCGGACCAGCGGUUAAAGCAGCUCUGCCAGAAGGCCCUGGAGGAUGGCUGGACCAGGUUUAAAGUCAAGGUUGGCGCUGAUCUCCAGGAUGACAUUCGUAGAUGCAGGCUUUUAAGAGAAUUGAUUGGACCUGAAAAUAUUUUGAUGUUGGAUGCCAACCAACGAUGGGAUGUGCACGAAGCAGUGGAGUGGGUGUCCAAGUUGGCCGAAUUUAAGCCGCUCUGGAUAGAGGAGCCAACCUCCCCUGAUGAUAUUCUUGGGCACGCAACCAUCUCAAAGGCCUUGUCCCCCUUGGGAAUUGGAGUUGCCACAGGAGAACAAUGCCACAAUAGGGUGAUAUUUAAACAGCUCCUGCAGGCUAAAGCCCUGCAGUAUCUCCAGAUUGACAGCUGCAGGCUGGGAAGUGUCAAUGAAAACCUGUCUGUGUUACUGAUGGCCAAAAAGUUUCAAAUUCCCGUCUGUCCCCACGCGGGAGGAGUUGGCCUCUGUGAGCUGGUCCAGCACUUGAUCAUCUUUGACUUUAUUUCGGUAUCCGGAAGCCUGGAAAACAGGAUGUGUGAAUUUGUAGAUCACCUGCAUGAACACUUCAAGUAUCCUGUGGUAAUCAAGAACGCAUCUUACAUGCCUCCUCAGGAUCCCGGUUAUUCUGCAGAGAUGAAGGAAGAUUCUGUCAAGCAACAUGAGUUUCCUGAAGGUGAAGUUUGGCAAAAGCUAAUUGCUGCUCAGAAGCUGUAGUAGCUCCCAUUACUGUUACUGGGGGACAGUGAUUUUGUUUAGUAGAGGAAGCUUUUAUCCUAGCAGCACAAAGACUAUAUAAUGCAAUGAAUGCAAACACAAUGAAAAUCUGAGGGAUCAGCCCACUGGAUAUUAAUAUUGUGUCCAGGGGAGCGAUGAUGUUUGACUCUCCCUCUCUAGACUGCAAACUUGUUGUGGGCAGGAAACCUGUCUCCCACCUCUUAUGUUAUACUCUCCCAAGUGCUUAGUUCAAUGCUUUGCUCACAGCGCUCAAAUACCAUUGUUUAAUUACUUAAAGAACAAAAGGCUCUCACGUUUCUUCUCAAAUAUAUUGGGGGUGAAUUUAAAUUUGGGGCUGAACACUGUACUAUGACACUCUGCAAGACAUCUAUGUUGCGUUAUCUGUUCGGUAUUGGAACAAAUUUGUUCAAGUAACAAGUUAACCUUUUAAUAAAUUCAGCAUUAGACAA